AUGGAUUCUCUGUCGUGGAUUGAUGAUGUUCGACGCGGGCGGGAGUUUGACGUUGUUGCUGGACAGCUGUUUCUCACGUUUGCGGCGAUUCAUACAACGUCUUCUGUGGUGACUGCCAUAUUAUAUGAUUUACUGGCGUAUCCGGAGUACUUUGCUCUGCUGAGAGAAGAGAUUGUCAAGGUGUUUACCGAGGAUGGGGGUUGGAGCAAGAACAGCCUCUUCAAGUUGAAGUUGAUGGACAGCUGUAUGAAGGAGAGCCAGCGAUUGCACAUCUUGGGCCCCCACAUCAUGAACCGCAGAGUCGAAGAGCCCAUGACCCUCUCCGACGGAACCUACCUCCCAAAGGGCACCUUAGUGACGGUAGCCACGCACAACACCCGGGACCCAGCCCUCUGGGGCCGCGACCCCGAGAAAUUCGACGGUCACAGGUUCCUUCGCAUGCGAGAGGAGCCGGGGCAGGAGAACCGAUGGCAGUUUGUCUCGACGAGCCCCGAGUUCCUCGCCUUUGGCCAUGGAACGCAUGCGUGCCCGGGGCGGUUCUUUGCUAGCAACGAGAUGAAGAUUGUGCUGGCGCACCUAAUCAUGAACUACGACUGGAAGAUCGUGGAAGAAAAGCCACCGACGAGCAUGUUUGUCAGCCGGUUUGUGCCGGAUCCGAGGACGGUCAUUGGGUGUAGGGCGAGGACAUCUGAGAUUGAGUUAUGA